AUGUAUUCCACUGUUUGUAAACAAAACGGAAACUCCGACAGUGAUAUUGCCACCUUCAUACCCACUGGAUUUGUCGGUCAAUUAAGAGGCUGGUGGGAUCAUUAUCUCACCGAUAGUCAGAAAAAGGAUAUUCUUGACCAUAAGAAAAGGAUUAAGUCUGAAGCUCCAAUAAUCGGAGCAAGUGGUGUUGGCACCACAGGCGAAGAAGAUGCAGUUUAUACACUGUGUUUCUCUAUCCUUCAGCAUUUUGUUGGAACCAAUAUCCCUAUUGGAGAAAAAAUUCAAACUCUACUCCAAAAUCUAAGAUGUCCUUCCCUUACACAUUUUAGAUGGUACAAAGACACAUUUUGUCUAGAAUUUAUCAAUUAA